AUGUUUCCCAGUCAUGUGUUAGUGUUGGGUGGACCUGGUACAGGAAAAUUAAGAAUUUGUAAGGAAUUCACCACUCUAGAUCUUGAGAAAGUGGAACAUAAUGAUUCUCACAGUGGUCUUAUAGUUCCAUUUGAGCUAAGCACAGCCUAUUAUAAUGUAAAUGGUAAGCUUUUGAUAGACGAAUAUCCGGCGAGUCGAGAGGGAUUGCAUUUAAUGAAACAAAAUGAGAUCCUCUCUUCGCUACGUUCUUGGGGGAAAGAAUUCACUUCUGAUGAAACGAAGGAAUUGAGAGAAUGCCUUGAAGGCUUGGUGUUCUGUAUAGAUGCAGCAAAGUCUACCGUAGAUUAUAUAGAGAGUAGUCUAGAAGAAUUAAGCAGAAUUAGGAGUACAUUGGAUGAGGAAUCAGUGGAUGGAAUGUGGCCAGGAUUCCUUGCUGUCGUGUCUCCUCAAGAUGAUAAUGAUAUAGAAGACUUGAGCAUAGCACAUGGCUUUGAGUUUAUUAGUAUAAGUAGUUCAGGCGUAAAUGAGUUUAAGGAUAAAGUUGGAAAGGAGAGAUUGAAGGAGCUAUUCGAAACGCAUGAGUGGAAACAAAUGGAGAGGAACGCCAAAGUGCUGAGUGUAGAUGACGACAACCUAUUCGAAUCCCGCAAGAGAGACAAGAUAAGCAAGUUAGGUAUGACUGUGCCGUUACUACAGAGCAAUGACUAUGAAGACGGCAAUGAGAGCGAAGGCCAAGGUGAAGUUGAAGGUGAAGAAUUGGACAAGCUUGACUUCAGUACCAUCUUGCUGAAGUUGAACAUUGCCAAAGAAGAGAUACAGGGAAUGAACGAAAAUGAAAGGGAAGAGUAUGCAAAUAAAGUAAUUGCAGAUGUAAUGAACUACAUAUGA